ACCCCCCGGACCCCCCCGCCAUGCCCCGCCGCGGCUGACACCGCCGCCAUGUACUCCCCGUAUUGCCUCACCCAGGAUGAGUUCCACCCCUUCAUCGAGGCGCUGCUGCCCCACGUCCGGGCCUUCUCCUACACCUGGUUCAACCUCCAGGCCCGCAAGCGCAAGUACUUCAAGAAGCACGAGAAGCGGAUGUCCAAGGAGGAGGAACGCGCCGUCAAGGACGAGCUGCUGGGCGAGAAGCCGGAGGUCAAGCAGAAAUGGGCCUCGCGCCUCCUGGCCAAGCUGCGCAAGGACAUCCGGCCCGAGUGCCGCGAGGACUUCGUGCUGUCCGUCACCGGCAAGAAGGCGCCGUGCUGCGUGCUCUCCAACCCCGACCAGAAGGGCAAGAUCCGCCGCAUCGACUGCCUGCGCCAGGCCGACAAGGUGUGGCGCCUGGACCUGGUGAUGGUCAUCCUCUUCAAGGGCGUCCCGCUGGAGAGCACCGACGGCGAGCGCCUGGCCAAGGCGCCGCAGUGCGCCAGCCCCGGCCUCUGCGUGCAGCCCCACCACAUCGGCGUCACCAUCAAGGAGCUCGACCUCUACCUGGCCUACUUCGUCCACGCGCCAGAUUCCGGACAAUCCGACAGCUCCAACCCCCAGGGAGACGCGGACAUCAAACCACUGCCCAACGGCCACCUGACCUUCCAGGACUGCUUUGUCACCUCGGGGGUCUGGAACGUGACGGAGCUGGUGAGGGUGUCCCAGACCCCCGUGGCCACGGCGUCGGGCCCCAACUUCUCGCUGGCUGACCUGGAGAGCCCGGGGGGCUACUACAACAUCAGCCCCGUCGCCCUUGGCCGCCGGCCCCUGGGACCCCCCACCGCCAGCGGCCCGAAGCGCCCCAAGGCGCUGGACGAGGGGGACCUGGAGGGUCCCGGCGACGACGUCUUCUACCCCGGGCCGGGGCGGUCCCCAGCCCCCGGCAGCAGCCAGGGGCCCUGGGGGGGGGACGUUGACACCGGCCCGGCGGCGCUGAAGAAGUCGGGGAAGUUGGAUUUCUGCAGCGCCCUGUCGGGGCACGGCGCCGCGCCCCGCAUGGCCUUCGGCCACCACCCCCUGCCCGUCCUGGCCGGCGUCCGCCCCGGCAGCCCGCGGGCCACGGCCUCGGCGCUGCACUUCCCGUCGGGGUCCCUCCUGCCCCAGUCGAGCCCCUACUUCGCCCACCCCACCAUCCGCUACCACCACGGGCAGGACUCGCUCAAGGACUUCGUGCAGUUCGUCUGCGCCGACGGCGCCGCCCAGGGCCCCCAGCAUUCGCAGCGUCAGGCGCCGCCGCUGCCCCCCGCCUUGUCGGCCUCGGACCCCGCGACGGCAACUUUCUGAGCCUGCCCCAGCAGCAGUCCUGGUUCCUCUGACGCCGCCCCCGGACGAGGAGGAGAAACCGCCCGGAAAAAA